UAUACUGCUUUAUAGUUGAUAACUUUGAUAUUUACUACAACCAAGAAAAUGAGCAUCACAAAGAUUUCAAUGACCCUUUUACUCUUGAUAGUAUUGGCAGCUUCUUUGUCGAAUUACAAUGUCUUUGCUUCAGAGAUCAAACUUACAGGGAGAAUCGAUGAUAUGUGCAAGACUACUUGUUCGGCAACGUACGUGAAUGGUAAAUGUGGGGCAGACUGUAGGAAGGCUGGAUUCUCAUCCGGACAAUGUGCUACUUCUGGUCCUUUCGUAAACAAAUGUUGUUGCACGAAAUGAUCAAAACCAAUCUUUUGUCAUUGCAGUUAGCAUUGAUAUCUGUUUUUUUUUAUUUGCCAUG